AUGGUCCCAUGUCACAACAAGGACGCUGUUGGUGCGGCGGAAAUACGCGUUGCGGUGACGCACGCCGGGCAAAAAAUGGUACUUGUUUUUCCCGCCGCGACUGCAACGGUUGGUAACUUGAAGAAUGAACUUGCGCGGCGAAGCGGGGUGCCGCGGGAAAAGCAACGAUUGAUGUUUGGUGGGCCGGUGCUUAAGCGACACCGUCGUGAAGGGCGCAAUGAGGUGCGCCUGAUGGAUCUGAUUGCUGCCGAGCCUCCGGGCACCGCUGGGGGCGGUGAGGCGGGAGCGUCAUUGCCCGCUGUCACCAUUCCGGUCAUGCUGAUUGGGUCCGCCACCGCCGUUCCGCACAUAAACGAGGAGGCAAUGGCGCAGCUGCAUCGACUUGUCUCAACGACAGUGGAAGUUGAUAGCCGUUGGUACCGUUGCAGUUACAGCAAGGGAUACGCGCGGCAGGUUGCCUUUGUCUGCCGAACAUGCGUGCGGAGUGGACGAGCGAACCCGGCACACGCCAUUUGUUACGCCUGCGCGGAUGUCUGUCACGCCUCGCAUGACGUGGAGGAGUGGGGUGUGCGUUAUUACAUGCGCUGCGACUGUUGCACCGCUGCGUGUUGGCACAAUGUCGAGAAGAACAAUAAAGAAACGGAAAACAAAAAUGGCGAAGAGACGCCACAGGGGGUGCAAGGAGAAGGAGAAGAACAAGAGCAACAGCAAUGUUGUUUUAUUGUCGAUUCCGCAACAGGUCUGCCCCCGGCGACAUCUGUGGUUCCAAUGAAUAGUAAAAAUCGCUACCCGCGCACGCUAAGCUCGUGGUGUUACUGUGAAUGCGAGGAAAACUCCCCCGCUGAUGACGCGGACGGUGGCGGUGUUGUCUGCAUGUUGUGUGCAUCGUGUUACUGGAGUUCACAUAUGACGCGUCUUUGUAGUGACGCAUUCCGCCGCGUCCCGUGCUAUGGCGAUGUGUUUGAGGGUGUUUUGGUUGCCUUCUUGUGCCGCACGUGUGACACACUUGUCUGCACUCCCUGCCGGCUGCGCUGUCACAAGGAUCAUGACGUGGAUCCGGAGUAUAUUUUCCCUUCACGGAAGGACGGCACCGGGAAUGGAGCCCCGGAGGGUGUGGAGUUCAGUUGUGGAUGUCGCGGCUGCUGCUCCAUCGCGGAGUUUGUCCCCGAAGAGGAGGCGGGCGACGCUGCUCUCUACAUGCCGAUGCCGUCGGAUGUCGCCAUUGAAAUCAUGAACAAUGACCCAUUUAUGGGUUUUAUUUGUGCGCGGUGCAUGCAGGAAUACCCAUGGAUUCUGGAAAACGACCCGAGGCAGUGUUACGGCGGAGAGUUGCCGGAACGGGUGCCGGUGGAACAGCACAAACGCAUUGUGUCAUGUGGAAUGGACGCCGAUGCUCCGUGUCCAAGUGAUGUCUACCCGUUCCACGGCAUGCUUUUCCCGGUAGAUGCGUUCACGGAGGAAAUGACGUGUAAAUGCACACCCUGUCGAGAAGCGUAUGAAAGAUUUGUCCCACGCGCCACCACUGCUACCAUCAACGAGAUGAUGUUGCCGUUGCAUGACAACUGUGAUCACUGUGGAAAUACGAUCCGAGAUGAGCAAGCCUUCAUGUGCCAGACGUGUGAGCUGCAACAUGAUCGAACCUUCUUUGUCUGUCGGCGCUGCAAUCGUCUUCGCCUAGCGAAGGGACUGCCUCCCCUGGGAGGGGCUGGUAGUAGCGCUGGCGGCGGUGAUAACCAAAAUGGCCGGACCUCCUCCACGCAUGAAGCUAUAGACAUAAACCCCUCCGUAUUUAACGAUUAUGAUGAUGAUGAUAAUAAUAAUAAUAAUAUGGCUCCUAAUGAUGAUCAUGACGUCGCACCAUGGGAUCACCCGAUUUCUCACGUGUUUAUGGAAGAUACAUAUGAAAAUCUGUUUAGUCUGUGUGGCAUGCAAAUCAUGCACAACUUGGAUGCGGCGUCGCAGGCGUAUGUGCUGGAGAACAUAGAUGCCACCGGUGCCUCGUUUGAGGGGGCAGUGCAGCGUACCUUUGGUCACACACCGCUGGUGUUUGACCCGGACGAGGUGGCCAAGCACCACCAGCAACUUCUGCAGCAGAAUGAAGAGUCGAACGACCAGAACUGUGGGGCCAAUGCAUCCGCAGUGUCCCGUCAAAAGCGGUCACGUGGAAAUGAAAAUGGUGGCUCAAACAAAAGCCGAAACAUCGAUGCUGAAGGGCACAGCAAAGAGGAAUUAAGUGAGAAGGACGGGGAGGAGUGA